CAGUUCAUUUCUCUUCCCUUAAUUUGUAUAUAUGCACUCCUAAAUCUAUUCCAUCUCAGUAUUACAUUUUCCUGUAUUUUUGCAGCUCCUUUUCCUGUAUUUUUGCAGCGCAAUGGAGGAAGAGGGAUAUCAAAAUAGUGGCAAUGAGCCGUUGCAUGUCCUAAUGUUCCCCUGGUUAGCCCACGGUCACAUCUCUGCUUACGCAGAGCUCUCCAUCAGGCUUGCACAGAAAGGCACUAAAGUUUCCUUCUUUUCAACCCCACUAAAUAUAGCAAAAAUCAAGCCUCUAUUUGCAAGCCGCCAAGUCCCACAAAUUCAGCUACUGCAGCUGCCCCUGCCAAAAGUAGCGGGACUUCCGCCAGAGAUAGAGAGCACCUCAGACCUCCCAAUGCAUUUGACCCCUCUGUUUAAUAAAGCAGUGGAUGGAUUAGAAGCCCCCUUCGAAAAGCUUUUGGCGGAGAUUUGUCCGGACUGCGUGAUCUUUGAUUUUGUUCAGUGGUGGGCGGGGAGAGCCGCCGCCAAAUUUGGCGCAGCUUCUGUCACUUUCUCUACAUUGGGUGCCGCUUUUAUCAGCUGGGCUAUGCAUCCCUUUUGGCGGCUGUACGGGAACGGACUUACGGCGGAGGAUCUGAUACAACAGCCAAGCGACUACCCCUCGCGGGCGGUCACAUUGAGGCUGUUUGAAGCGGCGGGGGCUUUAGUCGUCAAUGGGGCCCAUGAGCCGGAUGCUGUUAGUUACCCCGAGCGCUGCUUGCGUGGCAUAGAUGCCUGUGACAUCGUGGCUGUCAAAACGUGCGCUGAGCUGGAGGGGAAGUAUGUUGAGUAUUUUGGGAAGGUGACGGGGAAACCAGUUGUCCCCCUUGGCCCUCUCUUGUCACCGCACGUGUCUGAAGGGAAAGCUGACUCGGAUGUGAUGACGUGGCUGGACAAACAGUCAAUGGGCUCUGUAGUCUAUGUGUCGUUUGGGAGCCAAUGCUUUUUAAGCAGGGAAGAGAUUGCUGAGGUGGCAUUGGGAUUGGAAGCCAGCGGUCAGCCCUUCUUGUGGGCCCUUCAUAGCCUUUCAUCUUGGCUCCCAGAGGGCUUUGUAGAAAGGCUUGGGAAGAGAGGUAUUGUGGUGAGAGGAUGGGUCCCACAAAGGGAGGUAUUGGCCCACCUUGGUGUUGGGAGCUUAAUGACUCAUUGUGGAUGGAACUCUAUAAUGGAAGGAUUGAGUAAUGGGUUGGUUCUUAUAGCUUCGCCCAUGCAACUUGAUCAGAGUCAUAAUGCACGGUUGAUUGUACUUGAGUUAAAUGUUGGGAAUGAAGUUGGGCGAGGAAAGGAUGGGACCUUUGAAAGGGAAGAAAUUUGCAAAGCUGUGAGGAUGGUUAUGGGAGAUGAAGGGAGAGAGAUGAGAGCUAAGGCCAAGGAAAUUGGUCAUAUGUUCAAGAACAAAAUAUUGAAGGAUGGAGGAUCUCAAGAUGAGUAUAUGACUCAUUUUGUUGAUCACUUGCACCUCCUUAAGCCCAGUGUGAGGCUUCAAAAAGGCAAGGAAAUCCAACAUUAAGCUUUUACUAUAUAAGAAGGUAGACACAUUCUCCAAAUCAUGUAUUGUCUUUCUCCCUCUACGAAAGUAAUGGACCUCAUCCCUAUCGCUUAAAGAGUUAAACAUGAGCGUCUCAUGUGCUCAAACUCAACUUUCAUGGCACACCAUGCACAAAGAAUAAUAAUAUAUCAUUAAAGGACUUGAAGUCA